GGGCGCCCACCAGUCGAACUCGCACUUGGCUGCGUCCCGGACUCGUCCAGCUGCAGGGUUUUCAGCGGAGGUAGCAUCCCACAAAGUCGGUCAAAAUGGAGGCCAUCAAGAAGAAGAUGCAGGCGAUGAAGCUGGAGAAGGACAACGCGAUGGAUCGCGCUGACCUUCUGGAACAGCAGGCCAAGGAUGCUAACCUCCGCGCCGAGAGGACCGAGGAGGAGCUUAGGGCCCUCCAGAAGAAGCUGCAGCAGACCGACAACGAGCUGGACACGGCGCAGGAGUCGCUCACCAAUGCCAACCACAAGCUGGAGGAGAAGGACAAGGCGCUGGCGACGGCUGAGGGCGAGGUCUCGGCUCUGGGACGCCGCAUCCAGCUGCUGGAGGAGGACCUGGAGCGCUCCGAGGAGCGGCUGGCCACCGCCACCACCAAGCUGGCUGAGGCGUCCCACUCCGCCGACGAGUCCGAGCGCAUGCGCAAGGUGCUGGAGAACCGCAGCCUCUCGGAUGAGGAGCGCAUGGACGCUCUGGAGAACCAGCUGAAGGAGGCCCGCUUCCUGGCUGAGGAGGCCGACCGGAAGUACGACGAGGUGGCCCGUAAGCUGGCCAUGGUGGAGGCCGACCUGGAGCGUGCCGAGGAGCGCGCCGAGACGGGCGAAUCCAAGAUCGUGGAGCUGGAGGAGGAGCUGCGCGUGGUGGGCAACAACCUGAAGUCGCUCGAGGUCUCCGAGGAGAAGGCCAACCAGCGUGAGGAGGCGUAUAAGGAACAGAUCAAACAGCUCACGAACAGAAUGAAGCAGGCUGAGGCCCGCGCCGAGUUCGCCGAACGGUCGGUCCAGAAGCUGCAGAAGGAGGUCGACAGACUGGAAGACGAGCUGGUCAACGAGAAGGAGAAGUACAAGGGCAUCGCCGACGAGAUGGACACCGCCUUCGCCGAGCUGUCCGGCUACUAGAGCGCGCCGCGCGCC